GCAAGCCGCCUUGACUGGCUAGCGCGGCAAUAUUGCGGGGAGGGGCUCGGAAAUCACAAGGUAAGCAAAAGAUGACUGCCACCCAGUCACAAACAGUCGCAAAAUGCCUUAGUCACAGACAAAAUGUCCUCAACUGGAAAGAUGUUGGUCAGGUUGGUGUUUAUCUUGUGUUUGGUGCUUGUGCUUAUCACGGAUUACUCUGGAAUCGUGCAUAAGUUGAUUGGUGGCACCAAGUCCGAGGAAAAUGUGUCACCCAGACCUACAAACCCUGGAUAUGGCGACUCCAAGACUGAUAUUGAUAUUGACGCUGAUAUAGAGGAAGAGUCCGUCAAACAUUUGGGUACACAAACCGCUAAGUCAAAGAUAAUGAAAACAAUAAAAAAAGCGUGCCUGCCAAAACUGAUCUGUGAACUAACUGCGACUCCACAAAAAGAAAAACUGACAGAUUCAGAAAAGUCUCUUCUGAACCUUUUGAGAGAUACCACCAUCAGCACAACUGCCGAAGUGACAUCCAAAUACCAUUUUGCUGCUCAUAUGGGUCAACUUAUAAGCGGUGUAGACAGCAAUGGUUGCCAUAACUUCUAUCCUGGCUGUCCUUUUCCUGGAUUCCAAGUACUCCAGAUGAUGAAAAAGGAAGCUAAUGACGACGUAAAUCCUCAGGAAUACGAUGUUACGAUGUCUAAUUUCCUAUCUACCUCAUUGAUGUAUAGCUGGGAGUUUCAUUAAUACAACAAUGUUUGGGGAUAAGUCACUUGGAAGAAAGUUUCAUUAUAUCUCGUGGACUGAACACGAGGCAUACUUUGUAAAUUUGAAAUUUUCCAACAAACAUAAAUACAGCUGUUAUACCGAG